GGGUUCGUUAAUCCUAUCCUUUAUCCUUCUUCCUUGUGUUGCCACCGCACGAAUCGUACUGCUCUCCUUGUCCAUGGCCUCCUCUUCACCUUCCAAAUUCACCCUUCUCCGCUCUUUUGAUCUUCAACGUCCUCUUCUUUCUUCUUUUUUUUCUUCUUCUUGUUCCCUCUCUUUUGCCUUUCUUCACUCUGCUCUAUCUGCUCCUCAGCGUUUCCCGAAAUUUCCACUCAAUACGACAAUCCGAUGCGUUGAGAAAGGAGUAGCCUCUCCUAAGCCAAACUUUGAUCCCAAGGCCGGUGUAGCUGUUUAUAAACCCAAAUCCUACGAAGUUCUCGUCACUGAUGCUGCGAAUUCCCUCGCUUAUGCUCUUGAAGACGGAAAAUUUCGCCUCGAGAUUGAUUUUCCGCCUUUGCCCAGCAACAUUUCUUCUUACAAGGGAUCUUCAGAUGAAUUCAAUGACGCCAACAUUCAACUUGCAUUGGCUGUAGUGAGAAAGCUCCAGGAAAAGAAGGAGACCAGGGCAUGCAUAGUAUUUCCUGAUAAGCCAGAAAAACGCAGGGCCACCGAGUUGUUCAAAACAGCUCUAGAUUCAAUUGAUGGCAUCACCAUUGGUUCUCUGGAUGACAUCCCUGGUGGGCCUAUCACUUCAUUUUUCAGAUCUGUUAGAGACACCCUUGAUUUUGAUUUUGAAGAUGAGAAUGAAGGUCGGUGGAAGUCUAGUGAGCCCCCUACACUAUACAUAUUCAUUAAUUGCAGUACAAGAGAUCUUGCUUACGUUGAGCAGUAUUUGGAAAAAUUUGCUAUUUCAACUCCAACACUUCUAUUUAAUCUCGAGCUAGAAACCCUGCGUGCCGACUUAGGCCUGCUGGGCUUUCCACCUAAAGAUUUGCACUACCGAUUUCUUUGUCAAUUUACUCCAGUGUUCUAUAUUCGAAUCAGGGAGUAUUCAAAGACAGUUGCUGUAGCUCCUUAUAUUGUCAAUUACAGUGGAGCACUGUUUCGCCAGUAUCCUGGUCCUUGGCAGGUGAUGCUUAAGCAAGUAGAUGGUUCUUAUGCUUGCGUAGCUGAGAGUGCAACCCGAUUCACCCUUGGUGAAGCCAAAGAGGAAUUGUUGAGGGUCCUGGGACUUCAAGAAGAAGAGGGCAGCUCUCUAGAAUUUCUUCGAAAAGGCUACAAGUCAAGCACAUGGUGGGAAGAGGAUGCUGAGUUGGAAGUAUCUUCUGCAUGGCGGAGUUGAGCACCAUAAUACUGAAAGAGGUUCAGGAGCUUAUUGGAUCCGCUCAACCUGAUUUUGAAUGCUAUCAUGUAUUCACCUAAAGCACAAUUCUUAUCUUGUGUAUUCUUUGAUGUAACAUAUGUUUGCCUCUUGCUGUUUGAAACUUCUGUCUACAGCAAUUGUGACCAAGAAAACCUGGAAACAAUUUGCUGGAAAUCAUGUCAAAUUAUGUAAGAUACGAAUGCGACACAAUUAUGAAAGCCCGAACCCCAGUGCAAUGCUAUAAGAGCAUUUUUAUCUUC